AUGGAAGUCAAUGGUGAACCAGAUAUAGCUGGUAUUUUCAGCGCGGCUUUAAUGCCAUUGAAAGAUAUGAAACAUGCAGAUAUUUUGGACCAGUAUGAAAUGAACAUGGCUGAUGGAAAUAUAACACCUGACGUUCUAAAACAUUUAUCUCAAAGAACUACACAGAACCAUAGAGAUGGUAUAUUUGGUGAAGAGUUUAGAAAGAAAGUUAGGGAGGGCGAAGGAAGAGAACCUAUUGUACAUGACCUUGCAAACGAAAGUUUACAAAAUGUCAUAAAAACUUACUUUGCAGACAAUGAAAUGAGAAGGGAUGAAUAUUUAAGAAAACUCAAAUGGACAGUACCAAAUGAAAUGUUAGUAUUGAAAAACAUGUUCCUUGACAAAAUAAAACCAACUACAGAAAUAAACGACGCAAGACUGAAAGAUUGGGUAAAAGCUUUCCCAUUCACAAAAGAUAUAGUUGGUAACAUGGAAAGAAAACCAGAAUGGCUACAAAAACAUAUAUUUGGAAACGAGCUUAUUCCAUAUGGACAGGCACUGUUUGAAGAGCUUGAACCAGAAACUCAGGAAAGAGUCAUGCAAACAAUACGCAAAGACUCAAAUACAGACUAUGACAAACUCUUUCUAGGAUAUAGGUUACCUGAGAUGGGCGACCAGAGCCAAAAGGCAAAAAGACAUGGGAAAUUUGCAACAUACUAG